CUUUGUCAUCGCGCGUCGCCCCUUCUUCCCUCGGCGGCGGUCUGCGGCCGCGCUGGGUUUGGCUUUUUGUCGCGCAUUGUUUGCUUCUGCCUCGCCGACGGCUUGCUCUGGCAGGUGGCAGCUUCGAUAUUGGUCAUGGUGGGGUGAGCGAAGAGAGUGGCUUGUCUUGUAAUUCUGUCUGGUUGGGCAAAGCCGACUGGUUUUCUCUUCGUACGCAGAAUUCCAAGCGGUUUAUAUACGGAGAAGGGUGCCUUCCCAAUUUUUGCCACUCUUUUCUUCUUUAUUCCUCGAAGUUAUUUAUAUAUGUUCCUUUUUUCUCGCCAAUUCUCUUGGGUGCUUAAUUUUGCUGAAUAGAAACUGUUUUUUAUUUUUAAACUGAUUUCUGGUUUGACUUCGACCGAAUAAUUGCUUUUGUUUUACCAAGUCAAUAAUUGAUUAGUUUAUGUUUUGCUUUUUAUGGUACUCGCACUCUUGCUCUGAUUUUGUUUACUCUGGGCUGCUUAAGGUCGUUGGUUGCUGCUUUAAUUUUCUUUUUACUUCACAACACACACACAAGAAAGGCAUGAUAUCGAUGGUGACGUCUCUGCAUUUCUUGUACUCACGUUUUGCGCCUCUUUAGUUGUCAAAAAGUGCUCAGUCACGGGAUUCGGGUGGAAAACCUUUUUGAAUCGUUUGGGAACCAGCGAGUUCUUUAGUUACGGCUGGUGGUAUGCAUGUGUCUUCCUAGGGUAGCUUUUGAUUUGCCUAUGGUGGUAUGAUUGAUCAGUUUUUCUUCAGAGCUCCUUUUCGAAAGAUAAUGAUCUACUAUCCUGGGAGACUUUUCUCAUAAUUCUCGUUGUCUACUCUGCAUGGGUUUCCCCAUUUGAGUUUGGAUUCAUUCGGAAGCCAACAGGCGGCCUAGCUAUAGUGGACAAUGUUGUGAAUGCGUUCUUUGCAGUGGACAUCAUUCUUACCUUCUUUGUAGCUUAUUUGGAUAGAAUGACAUACUUGCUUGAAGAUGAUCCAAAGAGGAUAGCUUGGCGGUAUACUACUAGUUGGUUUGUUCUUGAUGUCGCCUCCACCAUCCCAACAGAAUUUGCUCGGAAGAUACUACCUCCGAACCUCAGGUCGUAUGGAUUUUUCAACAUGCUUCGUCUAUGGCGUCUCCGUAGGGUCAGCUCUCUCUUUGCUAGAUUGGAGAAGGAUAGACACUUCAAUUACUUCUGGGUUCGAUGUGCAAAGCUCAUAUGUGUCACACUUUUUGCAGUCCACUGUUCGGCAUGCUUCUACUAUCUUCUUGCUGAUAGGUAUCCUGACCCAAGUGACACGUGGAUUGGCAAUUCAAUGCCAGAUUUUCAUCAUCGUAGCUUGUGGAUUCGCUAUGUAACAUCAAUGUAUUGGUCAAUCACUACUCUCACCACUGUGGGUUAUGGUGAUUUGCAUGCGGAGAACACAAGGGAAAUGAUAUUCAACAUUUUCUACAUGCUAUUCAACCUUGGAUUGACUGCCUAUUUGAUCGGAAAUAUGACCAAUCUGGUUGUCCAUGGCACCAGCCGUACUCGAAAAUAUAGAGAUACAAUUCAAGCAGCAACCAGCUUUGCACUAAGGAAUCAGCUACCACCCCGACUGCAAGAUCAGAUGAUCUCACAUCUUAGCUUGAAGUUCAGAACAGAUUCAGAAGGCCUUCAACAACAAGAGACCCUUGAUGCGCUUCCUAAGGCUAUCAGAUCCAGCAUUUCUCAGUAUCUGUUUUUUAAUCUUGUCCAAAAGGUUUACUUGUUUGAAGGGGUGUCAAACGACCUUAUUUUUCAACUGGUUUCUGAGAUGAAAGCUGAAUAUUUUCCACCUAGGGAAGAUGUGAUUCUGCAGAAUGAAGCGCCCACUGACUUCUACAUUCUAGUUUCUGGUAGUGCGGAGUUAAUAGAGUCACAAAAUGGUGCAGAACAGGUGGCUGGAGUGGCUAAGUCAGGAGAUGUCGUUGGAGAAAUUGGGCUUCUUUGCUACAGGCCUCAACUAUUCACAGUUCGAACAAAAUCCUUAUGCCAGCUCCUCCGUAUGAAUCGCACUGCCUUUCUCAGCAUUGUGCAAUCCAAUGUUGGAGAUGGAACAGUAAUAAUGAACAACCUUAUUCAGUUACUAAAACAGCAGAAAGACAGCAGUGUAAUGGUGGGCGUUCUGAAGGAGAUUGAGAACAUGCUAGCACGGGGUCGUUUGGAUUUGCCAAUCACCCUCUGCUUUGCGGUAACAAGAGGGGAUGACCUUUUGUUGCAUCAACUUCUGAAACGUGGUUUAGAUCCAAAUGAAUCAGAUAAUAAUGGGCACACUGCACUGCAUAUAGCUGCUUCCAAAGGAAAUGAGCAAUGUGUCAAGCUUCUUCUAGAGUAUGGAGCUGAUCCAAAUGCUAGGGACUAUGAAGGAAAAGUGCCGUUAUGGGAGGCUUUGUGUGAAAAGCAUGAUGCAGUAGUAGAGUUGCUAGUUGAGAGCGGGGCAGAUCUAUCUUCUGGAGACACGGCCUUGUAUGCUUGUGUCGCUGUCGAGGACAAUAACACUGAGCUUCUUAAGGAUAUUAUCCGUUAUGGUGGCGACAUAAACAGAUCAACGAGAGAUGGAACCACUCCACUGCACCGUGCUGUCUGCGACGGAAAUGUUCAGAUGGUUGAACUUUUGCUGGAACAUGGAGCUGACAUUGAUAAGCAGGACAACAAUGGCUGGAGUCCAAGAGAUCUAGCUGAACAACAAGGCCACGACGAUAUACAGGUCCUAUUUAAGAGUAAAUCACGGCUAGCACCAAGUCGCUGUGUCUCGAAUAGCAGGGUGGCACCUCUGCUGAUUGGGAGGUUCAACAGUGAGCCCUCGAUGCUAAACAUGGACCAUGAAAAUGCCGAAGUACGCAGAAAAGUUGUUCCACAGAAGCUCCUCAGAAAGAGGGUCAGUUUCCAGAACUCCCUUUUCGGUGUCAUUUCUGCAUCCCACGCCCAUCAGGACACUGGUCUGCUGUCGAGAGACAUUGCAGCGACAGGUAGUCCUAGCAGUUGUCGUCACGAGUCCCUCAUCAGGGUGACAAUUAGCUGCCCCGAGAAGGGGAACGCUGCCGGGAAGCUCGUGCUCCUACCACGGUCGAUGAAGGAGCUCCUCGAACUAGGGGCAAAGAAGUUCGGCUUCAUGCCUAGCAAGGUCCUGACGAUUGAGGGUGCUGAGAUUGAUGAGGUGGAGCUUAUCAGAGAUGGUGAUCAUAUUUUUCUCGUCAGUGAUGACUGGGUGCCAAAUGUUGCGCAAGUAAGACCUGACAACAAGUGAGCAAGGCAGCAAGCUGUGCUCUACUUGCAAAUUCACGGUAGAGGAAAAUAUGACCUUGUUUCACAAGCUGGGCGAUUGGAAAAUAAUGUUUAAAGGCGUCAAUGAAGUUCUUCCAACUGAAGAACUGGCGAGGAUGUGGCGGUAUGCCCACCUUGUAAAGUUUAACCAUGAUAGUUUUGGUCCAGCUUGGAAAAGAAAUUGUAGUCAGCUGGUCCGGUAGUCUGUAGUUCUCUCAUUUGAAGAGUAGGGGUCGAGAAAAUGUAAGUAGUGUUGACCUGUUUCAGAUUAUUAUUCAGUUUUACAUGAUUCUUUUUUUUUCUUUUUGUUCUUGAGAUCAAGCUUUCCCUGAAACCGACAAAUAUAAGUGAGUUGUGAAUUUAUGAGAUAA